AUGGUCUGCGGAAAGUUUCUCAUUGUGUGUUGCAUUGUAUCUCUGAAAGCUCCCAGCUUAAGCAGAGGCAUCCCAACUGGUGCUCCCUUAUCAGCGUGUGAGAGCAUGAUGCCCAAACAUGCUGGCGUGGUGCCACAGUCCAGUGCUGCUCCGUAUAUCAUCAAAUCUGAAGCAAGUGUCUUUGAAACUGGAAAACCAGUACAAGUUCAAAUAGUGGGGCCACGAUAUCAAGGAUUCUUACUGCAAGCCCGAAAAGAUGGAAGCAGCUCUCCACUAGGAGAGUGGCAAAACCCACCUGAAAACACCCAACUGUUGCAGUGCUUUGGAAACCCAAGAUCUGCUGUUACCUGCUUAAACACAUCUCCCCGGAACAAUUCCAUCACGUUUGUAUGGGUCCCUCCUGAGACAGCCUGUCCCACUGCGGUUAAGUUUGUGUACGUAUUAUCAUGUGGAGCAGGGAAAAUAUGGUGGGUGGGGUUUGGAUUUCAAAUCCAGGGUAAAUCAAUGGCUUCUGAUAUCAAAGCGAUACGUUCUACUUCCCAUUACAGAGCAACUGUAGCACAAUCCUACGAAAUCUAUUGGCUUAAUGUACAGUCGCAUCCUUUAACUAAAGGUGAGCAAUAA